AUGAGAGAAGUAACACUUAAAAAUAGAGAUGAAAAAGGAGAAUAUUCUGGUAUUGGGCUAAGGAAACCAGUUAAAGCAGAAAAUAGUCAUAAGAAAAAACUUACUAUUGAAAAAGCAGUUAUAGUUUUAAUAAUGAAUGCAUUAUUAGAGUAUGAAGAUAACCAAGAGAAGGAGACUGUUUGUCCAAAUUCACCAAAAGUACAUUAUGAUGAUCAAUUUGAUGAUUUAUAUGAUCAAUGUUAUCAAUGUGUUAAAACAUCUUUUGAAGUAACGAAUUCAUGUCAUAAUCUUCAAGAAGUAUAUCCUUAUAUUUAUAGUCUUGUAAAGGCUUAUAAAAAUUCGGUUUAA